GGAGAAAAACACCAUUUGUUUAGAAAAUGUCAAGACGCAGUAGUCGCAACACAUUACAAGAAAGAAAUGAAAAUGCACCAGAACAAAACAAACCGCAUAUGAAAAGAAAAGGCGAGCAGUGCAAUAGAAGAGUCCCGUCAACAGCUAAGAAACAACACUAUGAGAUUCAGAACCGGUGUUUUGAAGGUGAUAUUAGUCCCAGUGUGUUAAUCGAGACUCCUCAGAAAGAGGUUCAUCAGGAGACCGCUAAUCUUUCUGGUUUCAAGCGCUUCAGAUUCAAGAACCUCUUUGUGAAACCCUCUCCGCUGCCAUGCCUCAGUUGGGCCAGUUCAGAUGAUGUGUGGAUAAAGAUGCUAAACAAGGAGCUGAAGUAUGUACAUGACAAGGGCUUCAUCCAGCAGCAGCCGACCCUGCAGCCCAAAAUGAGGUCCAUUCUGCUGGACUGGCUCAUGGAGGUCAGUGAAGUUUAUACUCUCCACCGGGAGACAUUUUACUUGGCUCAGGACAUCUUUGAUCGCUUCAUGCUCACUCAAAAAGACAUCGGCAAAGAUCAGCUGCAGCUCAUCGGCAUAACGUCACUCUUCAUAGCCUCAAAGAUAGAGGAGAUUUACCCGCCAAAGCUCCAGGAGUUUGCUUAUGUGACGGACGGGGCCUGCAACGAGGAGGAGAUUCUUGCUAAAGAGCUUGUGAUACUGAAGGCGUUGAAGUGGGAGCUCUGUCCUGAGACCGUCAUCUCAUGGUUGAAGCUCUACUCCCAAGUGGACGCUUCGAAGGAUGAUGCUAAUUUCCUCAUUCCUCAGUUCUCGCAGGAAACCUACAUCCAAAUCACACAGUUGUUGGAUCUUUGCAUUUUGGAUAUUAAUUGUUUGGAUUACCAGUAUGGAGUCCUCGCUGCUGCUGCAUUUUGUCACUUUACUUCUUUUGAAACGGUCCAUAAAGUAUCAGGGCUCACAUGGGACAGCAUAUCAAGCUGUGUGCGGUGGAUGAACGCAUUUGCACGAGCGGUUCGUGAAUGGCCCAGACCACAGCUGAAGGACUUCAAAAAGGUGGCGGCAGGUCGACACAACAUACAGACCCACGUGGACUAUCUGGCCAUGCUGAGUGAAGCACAUGAUCGGCAGCAGGACAGCUUGGACCGGAUGUCUCCUUUGGCUGUAGCUGGAAUACUGACCCCUCCUAAAAGCACUGAGAAACCUGCUAAUGCCUGACGGGUUUGAGGAGAACCUGCUAUAGCUAGUCUUUAUUUAAUGCCAUCACAGCCCAGAGAUCUGAGAGCCCUUCCAGACCAACCCAUCCAGGCACUUACAGUUGUGUGUGUGUGUGGGGGGGGUCUGUAACACACAAACAUUCAGAUGUUGUUUGAAAUUGAGGGAGAACCUAAGUUUGGUUUCCCAGAGCAGUGUUUGAAGCACUCAAAAGUGCCUUCCAUCGAAGAAUGGAUUAAUAUCCAUUUUCUGAAGCUAGAAAUGAAAGGUUAAUGAUCUCAGACUGAACCUGCUUAAGAGCGUCUGGCUUUGUUGCCAGUUCAGAAGUCUGCACAGAUGCUGCUGCUGCUUCAUGGAUCAUACGUUACCGUUUUAUGUUAUGUAAAUACAAUUUAAUUUGAUUGUGAGUGUGCGUGUGAUGUGAAACCUAUGUUCUGAAUUUUGGCGUUAAUGUGGUCCGAUGCCAACCCAGUGGUGCUAAAUGUGCUUGUUAAACAGGACGAGCCUGUACAACCAGCAGAAUCGGUUAUUGGCCUGUUUUCUUAAACCUUCAGGUCCUUGUGAACGUUAUUCCCUUGUUUUCAUUCUCAAGAUACUCCUGUAAGACUUGACUGUUUUCACCCCUCAGAAGUGAAUUUACCAAACUGAAUUAAAGCAAACUGCAUAUUUAUUUCAUAUAGAUAGAUUUUUCAUUUUAAUAUUUGAAUUGCAAUUUUGUUCCUCAAUGCCAAAGGCAUAUUUAAUAAUUUGAGGUGCUUGAUAUUUAUGAAUUUAAUGCCUUUUUGUUUGUAGCAUAGCUUGAAUUAAAUUUGACCUGGACUUGAGCCAGUCAUGUUAGCUUCGUUGUUGAUUUAAGAACAGUGUAAAAAUGUACUAUGAAUUGUACAUAAGAUGAACUGUAUAUGUGUACAAAUAACAAUUUCAAGACUCUGUAAUGUGUAAUUUCCAACGUGAAGUUAUUAAAAAGU